CUGCAUGCUCGUGGGGAGAGGGUCGGAAUAACUCUAUUUUCAGUUGAGUGGACACAGGGGUCAAGGAUCGAAUAGAAAGAUGACUUGAUAUUGAAUUUGGGAUACGUAUUCAAGGAGAAUUGUUUGGAGUGCCUUGACUGGCUUUUUUCCUUUGCUGACAAUGUGCUUCCCCUGCUUACAAUAUAGCUGACCGUCCUUGGCAAGCAGCCAAAGCCGUUCUGGGGUGGUAUUGGUUCCCAUCAUCGCCAUGGGAUGCAUGAAUCAAUGAACACUUGAGCUAAACGGGUGUUGGCGGGAACGUAGAUCGUUAAGUACAUAUUGCUCCCGCUUCAAAUGAACUACGGAGUAUUCUGGUUCUCUUUCGCUUCAAGUGUUUCAUUAUUAAUACAUGCCCAAUCCUCCUCCUUCCUAACUUGAUAACAAAAAUCAAGCAUCUCAUCCUCGAAUCCUUAUCCCACAGACCUUGUGUAUUAAUCAAUAUACAUUUGGGAGUCGCUGUUGAAUACCACCCACGUUUGCGCUUGUUCACUUCCGCCCCAUCAUGGCCACUUUCGAAAUCCCAUACUCCGAUACUUUCGAAAUGGGUGAAUCGGACGAUUCCAUUUCCAUGUUCUUUGACUUUGACUCUCCGCCUCCAUCUUUCGACGACGAUUUUCCCACCAUGAAUACACCCUCUCCAACUCGUGUAACUUCUCCUCCACCCUCAAAACCCACGACAACUACCACGGCACCUAGAGGAGGAAUUCGAGUGUCACUUGCCUGUAUACCAGUAAGCAGAACCUCUCACUCCACCGCACGCUUCUAAGGACGCAACUAAUCAUCCGAUAUAGUGUCGAAGUCGUCAUGUGAAGUGUGGUGCCGAGACACCCGCCUGCUCACGCUGUCAAACGGACGAUAAACAAUGCUUUUAUGCCAAAUCCCGGAGAGGAAUGCGUGAUCGAAAUGCACCCAAGAAAUCAACAUCAAUUUCUGACCAAGUAUCUCCGUCUCCUGAUUUUCGACAAGCACAGCCUCAUGAAAACUUGGUAUUUGGAAAUUACAGUCUUGUGAAUGAGCCAUGGAGGACUCCAACCAAAAGUUCGAGUGCAGCGAGUUCGAUCUCUGGAAGUCUUGAUGGGAGGUUUGUGAGUGCGUUGGAGGAUGCACAGCCUACGAGUACGAGGAGACUAAUCGGUUUAUUCUAUACGUAUGUCCUAUAUAUCCGUGAAACUCGCAACUUUGACUAAAACACCCAGAUACUUCUACAAAGCCCACCCGUUCGUUCUCCCUCGCUUCCACUUCCUCACCCGUCUACAAAACGACCCUCUAUCUCUCUCCCACCUUGUCACAGUGAUCUCCUACAUUGGUUCCCUCUACGAUCCCUCAAUCACUUCUACCCCAUUCAGAGAUCAGGCACUAGCCCAAAUCGACGCCUUUUCACUUCCUGUGAAUGGGUUCUCGGUUCAAACACUGUUACUAACUGCCCUUGCGCUGCAUUGCGACAAUAAAAUCGAGGCAGCAAAGGGAGUGUUGGAACGUGCAACUUGGAUGGCGGUCGAGCUGGGGAUGAACUGUGCGGCUUUUGCGGAUCUGGAACAGGAUUUUGUACUUGGGGAGAGCUGGAGGAGGACGUAUUGGGGGAUUUGUGAGGCGGAGGGUUUAUUUGCUGGUGUUGGGCUGGGUAUUAGGAGUGCGGAGGGUCUUGGGGAUGGGUUUGCUUGACGUGACGCGCGAUGUUCUUUCUACAUACACUUUGCAUGUUCUGGCGUUUGGAUGGCAUUUCAGUUUCUUGUUGGGAGAGCGAGGGCAUUGUUUUUGGGAUGUUUUGGGGAUGAUAUCAAUAUGUUUCUUUUGCGUCAGGGCAUUUUUAUAUUGAAAAUAUGAUAGAGUAAGGAGUUCGCUUUGCUGGGCAAUACUAGAUGGUCAAGAAGAGUGGUUUAUACUGUUGAUUAGUAGAUAUUAGGUUAGAAAGUCUCAACACUUCAAUAAUGCACAAAAGACAUCUACAUCGGGU